UACUAAAUCAUCCUGAUACACCUUGCCCUGCAAACAUUGAAGUUUCAGGCGUCGGUCCUUGCACCGCGAAUGCACUAUGGAACACGACCGAGAAAGUGAAGAUGAUGAACGGUGGGAUGAAGAUGCGAAACUGGUCUCAUCACGGCAAUGGGAGCGGCGGUCAAACACGAAAGUGUCGCCAACAUCUAUGUACUGGGCAUCAUUCUCAUGGACCCUAAACGUCGUUAUGGCGCUCAUCAGUGUUUCUUUCUGGUGGCGUGCACGACAUGAAACGUGCCCAUACAUGUGGGACAGCAGGAACAAACCUGGCGCAUACUCACCGGCCAACGAUGCCGUUGAAUAUAUACCCAAGAUAUUUCAUAACCGCUUCGACGGCGAUAUCUCCCCAUUUCAAGGCUGGCCGACGGACGAGUCGGACGCCCUGUGGGUUGACUUAUAUGACAAGGGCUCCAGCGUGCGGAUAGGUAAAGAGUCACAUGACCAACUGCUAAACAAGACGACCCAGAUCCCUUUGGCCGGACACGAAGAAGACUACUUCCUAGGAAUAGAUGUCUUCCAUCAGCUCCAUUGCUUGAACGUGAUCCGAAAGGCAUUCUAUCCGCGCCGCUAUAACAUCACCAUGGUGAAGCCGGACGGCACCAUAGACUUUCUCGAAUGGAUGCAUGUGGACCAUUGCAUCGAGUCCCUCCGGCAGUCUGUCAUGUGCCACUCGGACAUUAGCACCGUCCCGUUCCGUUGGUCGGAAACGUCCCAGGCUCUGAAGCCCCGACUGGACAGCGUGCACGUGUGUCGCAAUUUCACAAAGAUUCGGGAAUGGGCGCUCGAGCGACACGUUGACGUCGGCAACAUGCGGGCGCAGGUGGAGCACGGACAAGUUGUCGACUACAGCUCGACAGCGCCGGAUCUAUAUAAGCUGGCGGAGCAGAAGAUUCCGUAUGAUUGGAAUAAGACGGUAGACGAUAUGUGAGAGGCGUGUGGACUACAGUAGACAUUCGCUUUCAAACAUCGGAACAUCCCAAUCUGUUUUCUUUCUCAGCCGUGAGUAAUGAAGUACAGUAUGCUCUUGUCAGUGCUCACAUUGAAGUGUAGGAGAUCCUGAUGAAGGGAAGAGCGGGUUUCCUACCAACUGUAGUAUUCUUUGCAGGAUUCAAUAUAGC